CGUAAAACCACAUCUCCAGGACCUCCUCCUGCUCCUCCUCCUCCUCCUCGUCCUCCUCCUCCUCCUCCUCCCUUCUUGCUUCUCUCGUCCGUCAACACCCUCUUAUUAUUCAUCCUUUACUACCACACCUUAUUUAUUAUUUAUACGAUAUUGUCGAAGCAGGGUAGUCGUCAUCAUCAGGGUGUUCAUGAUGGCCUUGCUUGGGGUUGCGAUCGGCCUCGUCAGUUUUUUUUUCGGGGAAGCAGGGUACUUGACCGGCCUGGAGUCCGACCAUGUCAUCUCCGUCAUCAGGCUGGGUCCCCAGGGGGGUAAAUUCCGAGCCGUGUACGAAGCAGAGGGGUGCACGGACGUGGGCUUCAUCGGAGAAAACUUCUACGACGGCUGUAUUGAUGCGUACGGUACCAAAUCGGAGAACGAACAAAUCUCUUGCGGCGGGUUUCUGCAUCGCAUCACUCUCACACCUUAUGUGAAUGGCGAUGCAGGCGGUCAGAUCGACAUACUGGAUAUCCAAAUCAAGCUUGGGGACAGAUUGACCGGCGCUCGUCAGCCUCUACGUUUUUGGCCGCAGAAAUUUUGCAAUUAUUGCAACGUUUGCCGGGACAUGGGUGAGGGUUUCUUGGAGGUCCCGAUGGUACUCGACGGACAGGUUGUUAAUAGCACGGCGGAGUUCAGGGCAGGAUUCUCGAACACAAACGAGAUAGUGUUUUCGCUGGCGGAAAACAGGACCCUCGUGUUCGAAACAGGCACGUGGAGUAAUGUGUCGGCGAUGAAUUGGUCAGAACAGCAACAGCUGUGCAACGCGAACGUGAGUCUGGUGGAGGUACAGUCCGGCGAGAGCCAUAGCUGCAGGUGGGGGAGGAGGAAGAGCAGACGAUUAUUAGCAGAACACUUGGUGGCAGUUGAGCCGGCGGCGGCGGUGGUGGCUGUUGAGGAGAAGGAGGAGGAGGAGGAGUUGGGCAAGAAUGAGAAGGAGCACAUCAUCGUGGCCAGCAAAAGGCUCUUCUCUACGAAGACAAGGAUGGUACCGAUCGCAUUCCACCAAAAGGAUGUGUUCCACGUGGGACUGAACAAAAUCGUGGACCUGCAAGUGAUCGUCGACGUUUCCCCAGAAGAAAGUCGGCGUUUUCUCAUGGCAGAUAAUGAUGAUGAUGAUGAUGAUGGUCGUGGUGGUGGUGGUGGUGUUGGUGAUGAUCAUCCUCGAAAGAGUGCAGAAGACAGACAGAUACUGCAACGUGCGUGUCCGACAUGUGUCUCUCUUCUUCGAAGCGCCUUUCAAAACAUCACCGGACGUCUGCGCGCACAAGUCAUGUGAUGACGUCGCGGGAAAUUCGACUUACUUGAGUGCGAGUAUACUCGCACUAAGCCCUUU